GGCGAGCAGCGGGAGAAGAAAGGAUGCGCAGGAUAACGGCGCCGCUUCCGAGCCUCCCGGGCCGCCCGGCACCAUGAUCGGUACGUCCGAGGCGGUGGGCCGCAGGAGGCCGUCGGCCGCCCGGCGCAGCGAGCGCUGGAUCGCCUGGUGCCAGGCGACGCUGCUCGGCGUGUCGGCGCUGGUCAUCGCGGCCGAGAGGAGCGCUCUGAUCUACUGUAUAGGGUUUUACCUUUGGAACGAUGAGACACGGUGGGCCGGUUUCACGCUGGGGCUCUUCCUCCCGGGUACUGCAGUUCAGCUGCUGAGCGUCAAAUGGUACUACGAUGAUGGCGACGAUAGGCGAUGGUACCUCUCGACCAUACACAUUCUUCACUUGGGUAUUUUCAAACGGCUGUGGGACUGUAUGAGGUACGUGUCACGCAUGCACGGCUCAGUGUCAGAGCUCGGCGCUGUGGUCAUGCUGCAGGCGGACGUCGCUGCACUUUGGCUCUUGGAGGCAAUGGUGGUCACACUGCCCCAGAGCCUACUGCAGGCCUAUAUCGUCAUGUCCACCGACGUGGGCAUCAUGUCCCCAGUGGCCUACUGCUGUGGUCUUUGUGUGCUGUCCGUUUCCUGGGCCCUGGUGCUGUACAGCCGUGCCUGCUGUCUCAUCCGACCGGGCCACCUCGCCAUGCCUCCGGCGGCCCUGCUCUGCCAGCUGGUGUGGAGGGCGUGCAUGCUGGGUGGCAGGGUGACGUGCCUCAUGUUCUUCGCCAGGGUUUUCAACUGGUGGGUCUGCGGUGUGGCAGGUUUUCACUGGCUGACUGCCUCCUUCUGGCUGGUAUCACAACAACCAGACAUCUGCACCGGGCCCUGGUGUUGGCGUGCCUUCAACAGCCUCCUGGGUCUAGUCCACGUCUUCCUCUUUCUCAAUGUCAAAGAUGGGCCGUCGCGCUUCCGCAUGGCCAGCUUUUAUACAUUCAUGCUCAUCGAGAACACCACUUUGCUGCUGGCCGCCUCCGACUUACUUAGUGAAGCAUCGUGGGACAACAUGACCCUCCCCGUCACUGUCCUAUGUAGUUUUAUCCUUGGCGUUACCUCCCUGGUUGUCUACUACCGGUUCCUGCAUCCCAAGUCAACAGAGAUCGCCCAGGGUCUCCACCACAACCACAUGGCUAGUACCUGCAUUGAACGAGGGGAAUCCUCCUUCUCUCUCGGGGACAAAAGACUUCCAGUUGGCAGCGUACAAAACCAUGGCAGCUUCUCCCUCUCCGGAGUGGCAGGUUCACUGCUGGAGCAUCCGAGUACGUGCCCGGGGAGGCCUAACAGUUCCUGUCUUUGCUACCACCAUCACUGGCUUCUCAUCCGGCUGGCCCUCAAAACAGGCGACCUUGGGAAGAUCAACCGAGCGUACGGAGCAGGUGGAGCGGCGGCCAUACUGGACUUGGAGGAGUACAACCAGGAGUUUAAGAGUAACGAAGGCAUCACCAGCUCCGCAGGGGGCAACUGCGAGGGCGUCUCCACCUCCGAGUCUCAGGGGCAAGGCUUGGCACCCCUGUCGGACUGCAAAGACGAGUUCCAGACUGUGAGCGAACCCACUUCCUUCGAACAAGCGGAGGAUGACAGUCUGGAGAUGGAGAGUCCGCUGGAGUCACCCGCAUCGGAUUUCAAGCGCAGCUCGCCCGAGGGCAAAUCUGUAUUUGGAGACAGUCCCGAGCCGUACUUCUGCCCCACGGAGUCCAGUUCAACCUUGUACUUCAGCGCUGAUCCCCAGUCUCCCAGCAGCACCAGUAACCCCCGUUUGGACCGGGACACCGGCGGUUCGGAACAGGGCGCGCGUCUCAAUUCUAUUCCGAGCGAUCCGGCUCUUCACAGGGACAUCCGAGGGCUAAUCGACCGGGUUGGGCCGCGCUACACGUCCACCCCUAAACUGGACUCGGGAGUGCUGGACUCUCCCUCCAGUGUCCCUCACCUCACGGGUCCCAGGAGGCAGCUGAUAAUGUCCCGAAGAGACGAAGACGAAUAUUUUUGACUGAUUCAGGGAUAGGCUGACUCAAUCGAGUCACUUCAUCAUUACAUUUUCAGCUUCUCUGUUGUAAAGUCAACGGAAGACUCUAAAAUUGAGCAAUGUGAGGCAAGCAAACAAUACUGUAUACGAACUAAAUGAUAAUAAAGAGGUAGUCUAUUAUAUCAAUGAAGAAAUAGCAAUAUAUUGCACAAGUGCUAAAUUCACACAAAUGGAGCCAUUUAAUGCUAUCAGUGCUAAUAAGCUAAUUGGCUGCGUAUUAACGCACCUGAUUUGUAAUCAUUAACAAACUACCGUAGUGAACUCCCUUUGACUAAACGCCUUCCGACCAAUUCAUCCCUGGGUGCACUUAAACCGAAUGCUACAGUAACAGUAAACAUCCCUUCUUUGUCCCUGCAGUCCAAAAAAAUAGGUGGUGCCACUAAUUACAUUUACUGCGUGUGGGGUUUUACUACACACAGUGUUGUAGAGCAGACACGCAAUUUAGUUUGCGUUUAAAUAAUUAGGGAUUGGGGGGAAAAGAACAUUCUGUUUGUAGAAAAGUAUCUUAAAUGUACUCUUCAAAAACGUAAUGGCCAGUGAUGGACAUUUGGUACUCUGCAGUUUAGUAAUUAAAUGGCCAAUGGCACUAUAGGAAGAAGUACGGUAAUCGCUGACUGUUAUAUUUCUUGUUUCACAUACUUUGAAAUUAUCAAUGAGACAUACUGUUUAACAUUCAUUUAUACGCAGCUGCUUUAUUGUCUUAGACAACGUGUAGCCCUCACGUUACAAAGUCAAACUUUGUAGCCUUUAUAAAGUCAAACUUAACUUUUGUGAUAAAUCAAAUGAUUAAAUUGUAGAAUUUAUGACAGAGAAACCAGGCUUCACCUUGAAAUAAUUGCACAAGCCACUAAGUCAUUGGCUCUCUUAAAGCACAACCUGCAUCAUAUAGCUCUUGUUUUUUAACAUAGUAUUCAUAUUUUUGAAAAAAAAGGCACCCUCAGCCUCAUUAUACUGUAUUUUUUGGCAUACACUGUAAGCAUAUCAGUUUGCUGUGCUUUGAGCUGGAUUGAUGUGUCAGCCUGGACAUGAGGCCUGCCGAAACCUGCUGUGAUUUUAUGUCGUGUGUUCUCGAUUGCUAUUUCUAAGGAGGGAAAAUGCAUUUUGGUUUUUUUUUAACUCUGCUGUGAAAAGGAGGCAAUCCACAAAAACAAAAAAACAUUUGCAUUUCUUUUGCCCUCAAACCCUGUAUAUUUGAACUGUGAAUUGCAAAGCCACGCCUGGCUUUAAAUGAGCAAUAAAAAGGAGACGUUGCGGUGAGUGAAAUAAAGGUG